GAGAGUCAUAAUUUUGGUAAAACCAUUUUCUUCCAUAUCCCACUUUUGUCAUAAUUUUGGUAAAACCAUUUUCUUCCAUAUCCCACUUUUCUCACUUUCUUCUCCUACCACACCCCGAUCUAUCAACCCAAAGAGAAUAAACUCCCUUCACGCCUACUGCCAAUUCCCUUCCUUUCCCUCUUCCGCAGAUCUCUAAACCCACCAAUUCUUGUAUCAAUUUCUCACUUACCUGUUUGCAUUUUAUGCUCCCCGGUAUCUAUGUAGAAGCAGCUUUUAGUUGCGACCAAACAUUUUUUUUUCCAGGUGUAUGUCAAAGGUAGUGUAUAUAUGAAAGAGUGACGAUUAGGGUUUUGGAUUUUUCUUGUGGUUUGUUGAUGGUAUGGAUACGCAAAGCUGGAAAGAUGUGUACAAGGGCAUGUCAUCUGACAAUAUCAAAGGAUUGGUUCUCGCUUUGUCCUCGAGUUUAUUCAUUGGUGCUAGCUUUAUUAUUAAGAAAAAAGGGUUAAAGAAAGCUGGUGCUUCCGGUGUCAGAGCUGGUGUUGGAGGAUACUCAUACCUGUAUGAGACACUUUGGUGGGUGGGCAUGAUAACAAUGAUUGUUGGAGAGGUUGCUAAUUUUGCUGCUUAUGCAUUCGCCCCUGCUAUUUUAGUUACUCCUCUUGGUGCACUCAGUAUUAUUAUCAGUGCUGUGCUCGCUCGUAUUAUUUUGAGAGAGAAGCUACACACCUUUGGAAUUUUAGGUUGUGCUUUAUGUGUUGUUGGGUCCAUCACAAUAGUGCUGCAUGCUCCACAAGAACGUGAGAUUCAAUCUGUGAAGGAAGUGUGGGAUCUUGCUACUGAACCAGCUUUUCUCCUCUACGCAGUGGCGGUGAUAAUAGCUGUCCUAAUUCUUAUAUUCCACUAUCUUCCCCAAUAUGGGCAAACACACAUUAUGUUUUAUAUAGGAGUGUGCUCACUAAUGGGUUCUUUAUCGGUUAUGAGUGUCAAAGCACUUGGAAUUGCUUUGAAAUUGACAUUAUCAGGAACAAAUCAGCUAAUAUAUCCACAGACUUGGGCUUUUACUUUGAUUGUCAUUGUGUGUGUUCUUACCCAAAUGAAUUACUUAAAUAAGGCCCUGGAUACAUUCAAUACAGCAGUUGUCUCUCCUAUAUACUAUGUCAUGUUUACCUCUUUGACUAUCUUAGCCAGUAUAAUCAUGUUCAAGGACUGGGAUAGACAAAACCCAACUCAAAUAGUAACAGAAAUGUGUGGAUUUGUGACUAUUCUUUCUGGAACUUUUCUUCUUCACAAAACCAAAGACAUGGUUGAUGGUAUGUUCUACUGUUUUUCUUUUGUUUGGGUGAACAGGACUGGUGUAGCCAAUUUCUCAAAGCAUCUCUUAAUGGAAUCUAAUACAGGUCCUGCCAUGCUGCCUGUGCGACUUCCCAAGCAUGGUGAUGAUGAGAAUGGUUUUGGGCAAGAGGGUAUUCCCUUGAGGCGGCAAGAUUCCUUGAGAUCACCAUAAUGUAUGAUUUUUGUAUUUUCCUUCCCUAUUCCUCACCAACCUGUCCAACUGUUUAACCGCCCAAUUCAGCUGCACCAGUCCAUUCUCAUAGUAUUUUCUUCUCAGAAGGGACCACACUCAUAUUGUAUACAAUUGGGGGACUCUUUAUCAUAUUCAGCAACAGAAAUGAAGGCGCUUUCUCACCCUUCUUGUAUCGAUAGAAUCAUCAGAAACUUGUUCAUGUGAUUGCUAAGCCUAUUGUACAGAAGCUCAGUUCUCUAUGUAUUUCCGAGCAGAUUGGUUCCAGGCGCACUAUCUUGACAUACCUGUAAAAAUAACUAGUAUAUUCGAUCGUUUAACAAGAACUAAAUUAGUUGGAUUUUUGUACGCUCCAUCAGCCAUUAAUAUAAUUGCUUUAUCCUACUUCGUAUAA